AGUUCUGAUCAGACCAUAUUUGUUGAUUGAUGUUGCAAGGUUAUGCAUUGAGAUUGACCAAGUUGCGUUCGCAAGGAAUUGCUUAAAUGCUUUUAAAGAUUGUGAGAUCACUGAUUCUGGGCUAUUGGUAGAAAUUGAAUUCCUUGAAUGUGAAAUGAUCGUGAAACAACUUGGUGAUAAACAGGAAGCUUACAGCAAAUCAUCUGUGGAGGUUCGAUUAUCUGCAAUCAAACGCAUGGAGCAAGCUCUUGAAAAUGCAGUUCGAUCGGGAAACGCGAAUGUUGUGCAAGGUGCUUGUGCUACUCAAUGGAAUCUAUGCCUACCACUGCUCCAGCGCAACUUAAGAAAACAUGUAAGAAGGCCACUUACUGCUGUAGCAAAGGCACUCGAGGAUAUUUCAUCAUUACAAGUGACACUGAGAUGCCGGGUUCAUACCGAACUCGCAAAGUGUGAGGAAGCUGUUGAACAAAUAGAAGCUGCAGUGAAACAUGUCAAUAAAGCUCUUGAACUGGAUGAUUCUGGUUUUUACCAUGAGAGAUUACAGACAAUGCUUCAUCGUUUACAACUGAGCACACAACUGUAUCGUACACCAGAUAGACCUGAAGAUGUGGCUGCAAUUAUCAUUGAACAGGCUCGUAAAAGUUCUGAAUCUGGUUCUGUUCGAAUGAAGCGUUCUCUCCUUGUCAAAGCAGGGCUUGCACUUGCUCCUGAUGCUUUCCAAUAUGUGCUGGAUAGUGAGAAUGAAACUAAAGCAUCAGGAGGAAUGAAAGGUUUGGUAUCCGAGGUUCAAAUCCUGGGUGCAAGAGCUCGGCAAUGGUCCAAGUGUGUAAAGAAAGCUCCCGGUCAUCUAAAACGACUUGGGGAUGAAAAUGACAGAGAAAGAUCUCGCUUAUGGGUUGACUUGGUGAAGACAGCACGCCAACAGCAUGUAUGGGACGUAUGUAGAGUUGCAGCAACUUUCUGUCUACUGUAUGAUGAUGCUAGGUGGAAGGUUAAUCCAAAAGAAAAAGAGCCAUCUGAGAAAGAAGGUUCAAAAGACAAAAGAAAAAGUGCCAACACAAGUAAAGCCCCUGGUACAGGUGACAGCGCUUCUGUCGCAGGGAAAUCUCCUGAUACCGACCAAGGAAGCACAGAUUCAAAUUUACACGAUGCAGAUUUGCUUCGUAUGCUUGCUGAGGUUCAUUAUAUUAAUGGAGAGGCAUUGAUUCACUUGCUCAGAUGCGAAGGUUUGAAAUUAAAUGAAAGUCCUGAUCCACCGGUUGAUAACCGACAACGACCAAAAGGUCAUGAAUAUAAGAAACCUGAGCAAGAACCUGAAUGGGCAGAAUACACAGACUGGAUUCAUCACCUCAACAAACAAGCUACUUCUGCUUUCUUAAGAGCUAUAGAGUUGGGGAUAGAACUGGAAGAAACAUGGAUAAUUUGCAGUGGUGCUGCUUAUCUGUGGAAUUAUAGCAACCAUCUGUUAGUUGCAUCAAGAUAUACCGAACUUGCUCCAAUGUUUCAACAAGUUCUGUUCGGCAUGCAACAGAUUGGUCAUUCAACAGAAGCAACGUUACUGGUUCGAAUUUGCGAAGUUAUUGCAAAAGGUUUAAUUCGACCUUGGAUUCCUAAGAAAUCAAGUCUUGAGGGAUCUGUGACCCAAGCCACCACUGCUGCUACUAAAGAUACAUCUCGGAAGAAAACUGCUGGGAAAUCAACUGGCAACACUGCACCUGGUACCACUGCUGGGUUGGCAGUUGAUCCUGAUGGUAUGGAUGAUGUAAAACGAGCAUUGGAGGUAUGUGAAUACGGGUUGCAAGUCACCAACGGAUCAAAUCAAGGAGACAUCAUCUCAACCUCUGUAAGACAUCAACUGCUCGCGACAUGGGUGCAAGUUAAACAGAUGCUUCAACAACAAAUAUCACCUGGGUUUGGAACUGAGAACGAGAAAAUUCCAGAACAACGAGACAUGACAAAAUCAUUGGUCAUGCUUGAGAUGUUGUCACUCAACCGGAACGAUAUGAUGGAGUUUACUGUUCCCGAAAUUUCCGAGGUAUGUGAUGCAGUAGAUGAAUGCUCAUGGAAUAACUCGGGUGUGGAACUUGAGGUUUGGUCACGACUUGCACAGUUAUCGCGACUUCAGAAGAACCACUCACUAGUUGUGAGGUGUAGUAAUAAUGCUCUUGCAUUAGAACAAAAAGCUGUGAACAAGAAGCAUACAAAGGAGAAGCAGGCAGACAUUCACAAGCGAACAGUUGCACUUGAGAUGCUUGCGUAUGCUUCCUGCAUUCGUGGUGAAAGUUUAAUGGACACUUGUGCUGCUAACCCCUCUGCACGAAGACAAGCCAUGCAUAGUUUUGUUGACAGUGCAAAGUUUGGUGAAAGAGCGGGUAACUUCUCACUGGUGAUGAUGGCUUGUAGAAGAUGGUGGAACGCCGCUCUUCCUCUCAUCCCGUCUCCUCUAGAGCGAGAAUUGCUCCGUCAACCUCUCGAAGUCUUGCUCAUAUCCAUUCUAAGAACAGCCAACAAUGCUGCUGUAGUUGAUGAACCUGAGGAUAGUGGGGGUAAAGAGAAAGGUGUUGUGAAGGUUAUAGAUGGUGAAGGAGAUGGAAGUUCAAAUACAAAGCAAAGUAUUGGAGUAUCGCUCGGUGAUCCAUCUGAUGAUCGAACACUACGUUCUGCCAUGUAUGGUCUGCAGUUUCAAACAUUUGCAGAUAAGGGUGAAUGGGAAGAAGGGUUGGUGGUUAUGGAUCGCGCGUUACAUCACAUGCCACGCACCAAACAUCGACUUCUACUUUUCAAACAUCGAGUUAUUGUGAAAGCUAAACUAGGGAAGAAUGUUCAGAUGGAUAUUGCUAAGUUCAGGGAUGAGUCGGAGGAUUACGUGUCACACAUGUGGCACCGGGUGGCGCUAUGUUCAAGGGAAACCCUCGAACAAUUGAUGGCGUUCCAGAAAGCAAUCGAGGCUUUGCACUCUGAUGACACCCAAUGGCAGAAAUUUGAAUACCUUCUCGAGCUCGCUACUUGGAUGUAUAGCAACGAGUUUAGUAUUGAUGACACUGUGAACAUUGUUGAAUGGGCGGCUGAUAUUCUCAUUAACAUGAAGUUCCACGUCGAGCUACCGGAGCAAACACAAGCUGAUCGAGGGAAGGGGAAGAAAGGGAAGAUGGUGAAACCCGCAUCUCGUGCACAACCUCCUCCCAAGACUACGGAGUCAAAACCAUCUUUAAAACAACAAAAGAAAACUCCUGCAUCCCGUCAGAAGAAACAGGAUGAACCAAAAAAAGUUGAAGAAAAACAGGAAGAGCAACAUCUUCCAGUUGAGAGAGAAGCCAUCAUUGGAGUUGAACCGAAUAAUUUGAAUGUUAAGUUUGAAGAUCUGCACAGUACAAGGCAACUUGAUGGUUUGAUUCGAAGCCACGUUAUGUUGGCUACCAUUAGUGGUAAGGGAUCAAAAAGUCACCGAACAUUCUGUCAGCUUGCAUACAGCUUUGUAAUGCGGUUAUGGAAGAUAUCUUUAACAUCAGCUGGUGUGGUGAUGAAACACCUUCCUAAACCUGAAACUACAGCAGCAGAUGACACAAGAAAGGGGUCUGGGUCCAAGAAAGCUAAAGCCACUCCAGCUCAAACUGCUCCAGUUAAGGAAAGAAUUAAAAGGAAAGGUCCACCAGAUGCAUUACCAACCUCUACAUCAGAGUGGGCGACAUAUGAACCACCGGAUGAAAUAAUCAAAGCAUUUCUAUUUGAUACAAGUGAUUGUGGAAUUAAUAAAGGGACAAUCACAUGUGCUGGGAUGACUGUGUUUUAUCUCUUGAAAUUAUCGGAAUACCUUCGUGACUGCUCCCUCCAUAAUCUCUCCCUUCCUGUGUUAUGUCUUGCUGCUGUCAUUACACGGGGAAUAUUACAAAGUGAUAGUUGGACUCAGUUAAUCAACAUUCAGCAGAUCACUGUAUGUUAUGAACUACACCUUAUUAAUGCAGCCGAACAAUGGGAGAACUGGAUUGAUAAUAAAUUCCUAACAGAGCAAGAACAAACCAUCUCAAAACAGGAACUUGAAAUAAAACAAAUCAGUAAAGAGUUGGCCAAGCAAGAAGAAGAGAGAAUAAGGAAAGCUAAUGGUGAUGCUCUUGUUCAGGAUACUAAAACAUCAAGUGCAAAGUCAACUUCAAGUAAAAGAGAACCCGGACCAAUAACUUUGACGGGCCGUAAAGUUGGAGGGGUCAACUUAAGUGAAAUAUGGGCUCAGAAAGCCAAAGUUUUGCUCAAACUUGGAUACUACCAGCAUUGCCGAUCAUUGCUUAACGAAGCUCUAACUGUUGCUAAUUACAACAACGAUACCGUUCUUCUUGUUGACAUCUAUCAUGGUCUUGCGGAUCUUGCAACACAUGAAGGAAAUAAUGGACAAGCAAUUCAAUUGUUGAGAAAAGCACAAGCUAUUGGUGGUGAUGAACUGUUUUGGCAGGAAAAUAUUUUACUUUUGAUUGAGGCGAUUACUUUAAAUCAAGACCCUUCCCCUGAUGAUGUUGUCAAGGUUACAAAGGUCAUACGGAGGUCACUUGAAUGCCUGGAUAAGUUAUCAGCAACGCGACCAACAAAGAAUUCCACUAUUGGCUACUUAAAGUCAAUACUAAUCGCGAGAUCUUCAUUCUCCCGUCUUGCCUCAUGCACCAGCCAACCAGCUGUCUAUUUAAGAAAACUUGUUGAUGCUGAAAGAACCUUGCAAGAUUUAGGUUUCCACAGGGAACUGGCAUCCAUACAUAUGGAACAUGCAGAUGCCUUGCUGAAACUGUCAAAGCAAAAUAAAGAGUCCCAACAUGUUUACAUUUUACAAGCCAUAAAACUUCUACAAACAAGUGUGGAUAAUGUGACAAGAUUGUGCAAUGAUGUAGUUCCUCUUGAAACUGAUAAAGAAGUAAGUCUUCCCAUCCAUCGAGAGAUGAUGAACCUCCAACUUCACUUCAGUUCUCUCCUCCUGGAUGCUGCGGAGGUUUCUGCGAAUGAGGAUCGACUCUCAAAAGCAGCAGAGGCAGCUAAAGGAGCCCUUGAGCGUUUUGUUGAGAAUUAUGUUGGAACAGCUGAAAGUGAAUUAAACGAGACCGCUAUGUUGUGGAAUGCACAACGAACUACGUUUGUACAUCGAGCUAUGUCUGUACUUAACACCAUGCACACUCAGUUACCAACACAGCAUGUGCUAAGAGCGAAAUGGAUGUAUUUGAUUGGACGAUCCUUAAGGCUGUGCAGCGAGGGGGUUCAUCCUGAUGAUCCAAAGUAUCAAUGGGAUGUGGAAGCUCUUCUUCCGGAACAAAUGUUGCGGGAUGUUGGGAUAAAAAGCAGCACAGGGUUCAUGUCAACAAGCAUGGAAGAAGUAAAUGAGGAUCCCACGCAACAACAACAUGAUGUGACAUCUAGACAGAUGAAGCUCUUUUCAAAUGAAGCAAAAACUUUGGAUUCAACUUCUGAGUUUUCUUACAAGUUAUUGAGCCAAGCUACUGAAGUAUUUGCUCAAUGCAUCAACAUGUCAAUACAACUACAAGCCAUCGACAUUGUAAGUUUGGCUGCAUUGGAAAUGGUUGAAUGUUGUGCCCAGCAUGAUCCACAAACUGCUACUUUGUAUCUCGCAUUACACCAGAGUGCUGAAUCAUCCAAAGCAAUGAAGGAACUUGUAAUGAAGUCGGUGUCGGACCCAAGUACUUCACAGUUAGCUUCAUUGCUUCAUCAGGAUUCCUGGCUUAUGAAAGGUUAUAUAAGCUCUGGGUUGGACAACUGCACUGUGAAGAAAGAUAUCAUGAAAUUACUUAGUGAUAAAUUCACAGCAUGGAAGAGAUUACAACUGGCUUCCAACCAUCUUGAUCUAUUAAAAGACAUGCCGUCUAACUUUAACAUCAUCAUCAUGCAACAUUCACCGGACAAGAGAACUCUCUACUGCGGAAUAUUGGACAAACCAAAGUCUUCCACCUCAACUACUGAUGGGAAAUCUAAAGGAAAAGAUAAACAGACAAGUUCGCAAACCGAUACAUCGAGAGCAGCUGUUUAUAAAAUUCAUGUUGACCCAGAAAAAUAUAAUGAAAUGAUGGACCAACACUCGGACUUCCAGCAGCGUCUGAUGAGCUUCCUCCUCCAAAGUGAAUAUCAGAGAUCACAACUUGCGAUGCGGCAGAAGAUGUUACAGCAGCUCUCAAAGUCCGCAACCGUGAUCUCAAUAUCGGAAACUGCUCUUGAGGAGCAAGCCAUGGAAGAGAUGAAGAUACGGGAGGAAUUUGGUGACAUCUUGAACGACAUGGAGAAAUAUGUGGAACCUUUAUCAUCGCAUAUAAAGACCAAGCUUUUACAACCAAUUAUUGAGCAAGCAAAUCAACAUCUUUCAAAUGGUCAACUUCUAAGUGAGUUAACGCCAGAAAUGAUUAUAAUACUUGCUGGGCCAACACUGAUGCAACUUCCACUGGAGGCGCUCAAGUGCUUACAAACACCUCAUGUCGAUUCUGUGACUCGUGACUUUUCUCUUCAGAUGUUGCACCGAAGAUGGUUUGUUGAUCCUGAAGAGGCGGCUGCUGCAGCUGAGAAGAAGAGAAAUGAUCUUAAAACUGCUCCGAAGACUCCUAAAGGAGGCAAGGAUGCAGGGAAGAAGGGAGUAGCAACUCCUGCUGCAAAGAUUGUUCCUUUGAACCGAGAGUUACCUCCAGAUUGUGCUUCUAUUGACACACAUAGCUUCCAUUACAUUGUUGAUCCAAGCAAUGAAUGUUCUGAGACCGAGCAAUAUCGGCCAGCCCAGGUCUUCCAGCAGCUUCUGCAGAUGUAUGGACAAACUUUCACUCCAAGAUGGAACGGAUUGUUUGGAACCGAAGUCUUCCCGAGUGUUGGGCAAUGGGAGGAGAUGAUCAACAACUGCUCAGCUUUCAUCUUUUAUGGGAUGGAGAGAUUUAUAGCGCAGCUUCCCCCAGCAAAGGUGGCUGCUCUUAACCUGGAUGAAUGCCAACUUGCUUUGCUCAUCGAUAAAUCACAAACAAACAAAAGUUUCCGACACCAAAGCAAAGUAGAUGUUGAUAAAACAAACACAUUGCUGUCAAUAGAAAAACCACUGCAGACAGCGAUGUUGUUAAGUUUAAGUGGAGCCAACUGUGUUUGCUUGAACCAAUGGCACACAACCUCAGAAAGCAAUGCAGCUAAGUUACAUACCUUCAUGGAGUGUGUGCUUGAACAAGGGCUUACUGUUGGACAAGCCAUUAGAAAAAUAACCAACCCAACUCUAAAGAAACCAGAACCUGUAGUUGAAGAAGUUGCACCAAUUACACCAGCAUUGAAAGAUGGGAAAGGAAAAGAUGAUAAAUCGAAACGUAAAGACAGCACCAAACCCUCAGUAUCUCGUGGACGAAGUAUUUUACCUGAGCCAACACCUGCAGAGACCCCUUCGCUGGCAGAUCGUAUCGAUUCAGUAAUGAAUGAAGACGAAGCAUUUGAAGAAGACAAAGAGUCUGAAAUAGUGACGCAACUCGAUGCAUCGUGGUGUAACAUGGUUGUGUUUGGGUUGCCCAACCUUGUUGUAACAUAACUUUAAUUUUUUUAAAGAUUUUUAUAUUUUUAAGUUUAAGGCGCAUCUUUAGGUCAGUGUUAGGUUAAAAGUUCAUGUAAUAUAUAUUCACUGUUAAAGAAGUUUAAUAUACAUAUAUGUUUUUUA